AUGCUCCCACGUCGAUAUGAUCUCAGCGCAGAGGUCGCUCUAUUUUUUGAGGGCCAUGUCCCUGCCACACCUCAACAGUGCGAUGCCUUUGCGAUUAGUCUUUUUGGCGAGCCAGUCAAUCGUGUACCGAUCCAGGGACAGUUUAGCUAUACACUGCUUGUGGGCCUGGAGCCCAUGGUUGUACAAUUUCGCUCUCCCAGGUCGCAGCUUGAUCCCAAGAUAACGUCUCUUGCGAAGAGUGUACAUGGUAGAUUGGCAGCAAAGACCCAGCCAUACGGGGGGAUAGCAAAUGAUUCUCUAUUCGUCUAUGUUAUUGAAAGACUACCCGGUGUUGCUUACAUUACUGUCAACUUUGGCAUCGAGAAGCAGAUGAAGACGGUAGUAGGGCUGGCAAGGUUUUUCGCUACAUCAUGGAUCAACGCGCAACCGCGGCCAGAGACUCUGUUACAGAGUAAUUAUGACAAAAUGCUCGAGCAACUCUCUAAGUUAAUGCCGCCUUACCUUACUCCAGCAAUCGUAUCUGCCCGAGCAGGGUUGAAUCUACUCUUUGGUAGCGACUUUCGCUGCGCACUGUGCCAUGGUGAUCUAAAUGAUAUGAACCUCCUAGUAGAUGAAGAGACAGGGGAUUUAACUGGAGUUAUAGAUUGGGCAGAAGCUAGCAUUCAGCCUUUCGGGAUGUCUUUAUGGGGGUUAGAGACGCUUCUAGGAUUUUCAGAUAGGGAUGGCUGGCAUUACUACAGUGCUAGUAACUCUCUAGAGGACGCAUUCUGGGCCGCUUUCUAUGAUGAGAUCGGUAGUAUCUCGGAAGAGGAUAAGAAGCUCAUAGACAUUUCUAGAAGAGUUGGAAUCUUGUUAAGAUACGGGUUUGUAUGGAUCAAUGGGGUCGAGACGCCGGUGACAGAGCAAACUGGGCUGGAUAGUUUGCGGCGCUUACGGGCAUUUUUCCAGAAGGAGUGA